AUGGCCGAUCAAAAUGGGGACGACGAAGGAGUCAUUGUGAUCCCCGAUGAACAAGGCGAUCUCUGGACAGGAAAAACUCACAAUGAAACUCUAAGCAUAGGUAUCGAAUAUGCUAAGAACUGGAACCUGAUGGAUGCAUUUCGUGAAUUGCUUCUGAAUUGGGCAGACGCGAUAAAACAAUCCUUUUCGGUCUCCAUGGAGAAGUUGCUUUAUUUUCAUGAAAUAUCUGCAAAUGGGCAUAAGAUCACAGUUCAUCAUCCUGAAUCUAGAAAAAUUCUUGGUUUCUUGAAUUUUGACAAAGGUAAAGGAUAUUUGGAACUUUGCAAUUAUCAGAGCCAACUAUCUCGGAAAGCUCUAAAAAUGGGUUGGACAGACAAAGACUUGAAAGACAAUCUCUCAGGAAAGUAUGGCGAAGGUUUGAAGAUUGCCGCACUGGUGAUGCUUCGUCAUGCUAGUUAUCAAAUAAGAAUUACCGCUUCAGGAUACUAUUGGCGUUUAAAAUGGAAAACAAACGACAAGACAGUAGUCGAUUGUGGGAUAAGCAAGGUCGACGCGAAGGAUGGAGACAAGGACUUGCCACAGAACCCAGAUGAAACUCAAUUCAGACUUCCGAAUCCUUCGCAGGAUGUCUCUGUCAAGAUAGGCACUGUCUAUGGUACUUCUGGAAGUCCGCUGACUGAGAUACAAGCAAAGCAAUGGUUGAAUACCUACCUUUACUUCAACUGCUCUGGGCCCAAGGAAAUUAUCCAGACAAAGUAUGGUGCUGUCAUCUUGAAGAAAGACUUGAGAAGCAGAAUCUAUUUGAAAGGAGUCUAUUUGGGAAAACUGUCAUCUCCACAGCUAUACAAGUAUGGCUACGACUUCUAUCGGGGCCGGCUGGAUAGAGAUAGAAAUUGGGAUGCCAGUCAGCUGCCAGACCGGCUGAUGAAAGUGUGGGGUGAGGUCGUGAGAUGCGGUGGCAAAAAUAAUGUCGACAGAUACCUCAACAUGUUUCAGAACACAAAGCAAAACUGGUUGGACAUAAAUGGAGCUUCAACGAGAAUGUCUGAAUCUGUGGCCAAGACUCUUUGGAACCAGCUCCAAGAAAAGAAUCCCAAAGGGACGAAAUUUUACCAUGGUGCAUCAUGUUCUGACAAGAAAAUUCAUUCCGUAUUGAAGAAAGAACCCGUUCCUCUGUCUGACGAAUUAUGGAAGGCUUUGAAGAAAUACACAAGUGUAAUGACGCCAUCAGAAUACCAGAGGAAGAAAUUUGUCAGUUCCGAUACUGUCAAAAUUCUUGACACGCCAUACUGCCAGAGCUUUCUGUGGACACUACGUUCCAUUUUAUCUCUAUAUAAUGAAACAAACUUUGAAAUAGUGUUCAAAGACGGAGAUGAUAUCGAUCUUGACGUAUGUCUCGACAUGAAACGGGAUAAAACAAGGCUUCUUCUCCACAAAAGCUAUAUGAGUUUUGAACAAAUCCAUAGAGAUAAGGACAUGGACUGCUUUCUAUCACAGGCACGCAGUUCAAAUCGUGCCGUCAAAGUCCAAAUGUUCACUUGUGAACACAUCAUCAACUACCUUCACGCACGCAUAAUACGGGAGCUUGACAAAAAUGAUAUCACUACGGGACUUUCUACUGCAGAUAAAGAAAAAGGAGGAACAGAUUUGAUAUUUGAAAUCAGGAAGUGUCUUAAACACAUGCCCCGCAUGAUCCAACUCACACGUGGUCACAACAAUGGAGAAUUGCGUGUAUCUUGGGAAGACAGCGAAGCUGGUACUUUCUCUCGAAUUCACAAUAUCAAUCUGGAAUCACACGUCAUCCUACACCGAGACAGUACAUGUAGAGACAAGCACUCGGAGCAUGUAACACGAAGAGAUACAGCUUCAAAUGAUGAAACUGCAGAUAUAGCGAACUGUGGAUGCCCUCAAAAGAUAGUGUCUUCCACAUCAAGUGAUAAUGAGAUAACCUUCGCAGGACUCGUUUCGACAGAAUCAUACUUUCCGAAGAUCUCAAGAGCAAAAGUCCCGAUAGCAUUUUUCGGCUUUCCUCCCUCGCCCAUAAAACCAACAUCCAACAAACCGUCAAUGAGAAUGCUAGCUACAGCCAAUAAAACAGAAAAUGAGGACUUUUCCAAGACAACUGUGUCUACCGCAACUUCUAACACUGAUCCAAAAGAAAAUUUGCCAGUUCAAGAAAGCAGAUUGGAUAAAGGACUAAAUGUCACUCCCCAAAAAUCUUUGCGUGAUAGAAUGUCCUAUGACACCACUUCUAUCGAAGCUCAACUCGAGAAGUCCGAGUCAUGUCGCAAAAUUCUGAGACAGGAUGUAGAAAAAGCAUCAUCAGAGAUCAAAGAGCUUAAAUAUACUUCUAACACCCUGGAAAUUGAAAAGGAAAGUCUAUCAAAGCAACUCACGAAUACCCUGUUAGAAAAAGCAAGGCUCACACAAUCGCUUCAACAACUGAAAACACAGAGGAUGCCCAAUUCCGCCAACUCACAAGCCAAAACAGAUACCCUUAGCGUUAGGAUUGGAGAUUUGAAUGUUAAGAAUGCGGAUUUAGAAGAAAUUCUCAAAAAGACCAGAAAAGCUCACGCCGCUCAGGCGAUCCAACUCGAGACAUUUAAGAAAGAACGAGAUGUCAUGAAGUCUGAAAAUGCAACCCUUCAAGAAAAGCUCUCGGAUUCUCAAAUCAAGAACUCUGUAAUCAAGAACUCUGCAACCGUUGAUCUUAAAGAAGCACACGAGAAAAUUGAUGCUCUUGAAAAGAGAGAUGUCAAGAUGAAAAUAGACAUUAGACAACUGAAAACCGAUCAAGAAAUACUGGAAAAGCGGAUUUCCCAGGCCAACAGCCAGAUUAAGAGAGCAAACAUGGAGAGAGACAAAGCGACGAUUGAGAAAAAUGCUGCGAUUGCCGAGAGAGAUGAAGCAAUUAUGCAGAAAAACAAAUCCCUCAGGAAACAACGAAAAUUCAAGUCUCUCAUGCAGAGUGAAUUGGAAAGAGACGAAAGUUCGGAUGAAGGUUCGAGAUAUGUGUCUGGAAUAAAGAGAGAUAGAAGUCUGGAUCUUUCGGAGCGAGAUGUUGUGAAUGAUGGUGUGGGUAAUGGUAAUGGGAGUAGGUCUGUGAAGAGAGUCAAAAGGGAGACUCUGAAGAUUAUUGAGCUUGAAUGA